AUGGUGGUUCGGAGUUUAAGGCGCCCGCUUCUCAGGCAUAAGGGUGCGGAUUCGAAACUUGGCAAGAACCAAGUGCAAUGUGAUAGAAAGCUGUGCUUCCAUUCCAGGGAGAUUGUGUUUAAUUUCUGGCUCGACUAUCAAUUCAUGGCUAUUGUGAAGCCAUGUAAAUCUGGUAAGUCGCCAAAUGAGCUGACGGAUUACCUGAUGUACAUGUUUUUUUGUGUGGGAAAGAGUUUCAAACCAGUUAGCGGAUCAACUGAUCGUAUGCAAUCAACGCCAUCCACUGCCACAUGUAAGAUCGUCAAAAAGGUGCAACCAGUUGACGUCAACUCCUCGGUGAUUUACCAUGAACGACAACAGACUCGCCCCUUGUACCCAAUGGCUGCCGGCGACUCUGAUAAUGACGUUAUUCCGCGGUCUCCAAUCGAGCACUUUCGUGGCCCAUCCAUCGCCAGAAUAGUAUUAUUAGGAACCUAA